AUGUCAUCCUCACAGGUCGCCAUCAUCGGAGCAGGCCUCUCAGGUCUCGCCCUGGCCCUCGCUCUGCACCAACAAGGCAUACAAGCCACUGCCUACGAGCAACAAAGCGCACCCCUCGACAUCGGCGGCGCAAUCAUGCUAUCUCCAAACUCCCUCAGAGCCCUAGACAAGCUCGGCGUCUUUGAACGCAUGCUCCCCAAGUCCUACAAAUUCCAGGACUUGUACUUUUACUCCCAAGACGAUAAACUCGUUGACGUCUUUGAGUUUGGCAAUCAGGAGAAAUACGGAUACUCUGGUAUUCGCGUUUACCGAUUCGAACUCAUUAAUGUUCUUCUUGAUCUUGUUAAAGAAGCGGGUAUCAAGGUUGAGUAUGGGAGAAAGUUUGAGAGUAUUGUUCGUGAGACGGAGGAUAGCGUCACGUGGCGCUUUACGGAUGGGCGUGAAGAGACCGCCAGUCUUCUUGUUGGCGCGGAUGGUAUUCACUCUCGUGUGAGGAAGUAUCUCUAUCCAGAGCUUGAACCAAAGUUCACCAACAUGAUCGGCGUCACAGCUGCGGUUCCAGCGAAGCAACUCAAGUUGGAGAACAAUGAGUACAAGCUUCCUGCUACCUUCAUGCAUGACAAGCGCGGCGCCUUCGUCAUUGCACCGCAGUUGGCUGAUGGCUCGGAAGUUCUUAUCGGAAAGCAAAAGGUCUUUGUUGGUGAAGAUCCAGGCCGUGAUGCUUGGAAGGCUAUGAAUUCUGAUAAGACGUGGUGCGUUGACUUUCUCCGCGAAGGCAACGAGGACUUCCCCGCCAUCGUUGCAAAUUCAACCUCAGAGAUUUCGCCCAACAGAGUCAAUUUGUGGCCGUUUUAUCUCCUCCCCAAGCUUGAGACAUGGGCUUCCAGCGCCAAGCACGGCCGCGUCGCUAUUCUCGGUGAUGCAGCACACGCUAUUCCCCCCACUGCCGGCCAAGGUGUGAACCAGGCUUUUGAGGAUGUAUACACAUUCGCUGGUGUUCUUGGUCAAUUGAACGAGAAGAACAGUGAGGGUCUUAGUGAUGCUCUUGGACGGUGGCAGAAAGGGAGACAGGAGCGUGUUGAUAAGAUCAUUGAGUUGAAUAAUGAGAUCAACAAGAGGAGGAUGCCUAAGCAGGCUGAUGUUGAGACCAAGCCGUUUGAUAUUGACUGGCUGUACUCGGUUGAUUUGGAUCAGAUGGUGCGAGACUUUGUUAGUGGUAAUUAA